UCUCCUCUAGGUGCGCCCUGCCAAACCUCUCUCUCUCUCUCUUUCCUUUUGUUUGAGAGUUCUUCCUAAUCAGAGAAAAUGAGUACUUCAGUCAGAAAAUCCGUCACCGUCUCUUCAAGGCGCAGUGUUGGGGGUAGUAAUUUUGGUGGGAAUCGUAAUUUCACUAGUAUGAGCGUCGGUGGGAAUACUCCAAGGUUUACCGCAAGAUCGGUAUCUGGAAUCGGUGGUGGUAGAAUGUCAGUGACCGGUGGUGUGUUUAAAUCAGGCGUUGGAUAUGGUGGUGGUGGUGGUGGUGGCGGCGGCGGCUACAGUUUCAGCAAAUACAGUGGUAGUGUUAGUGGUGGUGGUGGCGGUGGUGGUGGUGGUUACGGUGUCGGUUAUGGUAGUUUUGGUGCUGGUUUCAGUGGCGGUGCUGGUUUCGGUGGUAGUGGUUUCGGUGGUCUUGGUGGUGGCGGAUUUCCGCUGCCGGCAAUCACACAAGUCCAAGUCAACCAAAACCUGCUGGCCCCUGUUAACAUCGACAUUGACCCCAACAUCCAGACCAUCCGAACCCAGGAGAAGGAGCAGAUCAAGAACCUCAACAACCGCUUUGCCGGCUUCAUUGACAAGGUGCGCUUCCUGGAGCAGCAGAACAAAAUGCUGGAAACCAAGUGGAGCCUGCUGCAGGAUCAGACCACCACCCGCUCCAACAUCGAUGGCAUGUUUGAGGCUUACAUCGCCAACCUCCGCAGACAGCUCGACGGGCUCGGCAAUGAGAAGGUGAAGCUUGAGGCAGAGCUGAGGAACAUGCAGGGAUUGGUAGAGGACUUCAAGAACAAAUAUGAGGAUGAAAUCAACAAACGUGCUGCUGUGGAGAAUGAGUUUGUGCUUCUUAAGAAGGAUGUUGACGGCGCCUACAUGAACAAGGUUGAGCUGGAAGCCAAGGUUGACGCCCUUCAGGAUGAGAUCAACUUCCUCAGAGCUGUCUAUGAAGCAGAACUGCGUGAGCUCCAAGGACAGAUCAAGGACACUACAGUCAUUGUUGAGAUGAACAACAGCCGUAACCUGGACAUGGACCAAAUUGUGGCUGAAGUCAAGGCUCAGUACGAUGAAAUCGCCCAACGCAACCGUGCUGAUGCUGAGUGUUGGUACGAGCAAAAGUUCCAGGAGAUGCAGGCUUCUGCAGGCCAGGCUGGAGAUGAUCUUCGCAACACCAAGACUGAGAUCGCUGAGCUGAACCGUAUGAUCAGCCGCAUCCAGAACGAGAUCGAGGCAGUCAAGGGACAGCGUGUCAAUCUGGAGGCCCAGAUUGCCGAGGCUGAGGAGCGUGGAGAGCUGGCAGUCAAGGACGCUAAGCUACGCAUCAAGGAACUGGAGGAGGCCCUGCAGAGAGCCAAACAGGACAUGGCCCGCCAGGUCCGCGAGUACCAGGAGCUCAUGAACGUCAAGCUGGCUCUGGAUAUUGAGAUCGCCACCUACAGGAAACUGCUGGAGGGAGAGGAGGACAGAAUUGCAACUGGUGGUGGACCAUGCAACAUCAUCGUGCAGCAGACAAGCAGCAGCGUCAGUGCUGGUGGCGGCGGCGGUGGCGGCGGCAUGGGCGGUGGCUUUGGCGCCGGCUAUGGCAUUGGCUAUGGUGCCGGCAUGGGCGGCGGCUAUGGUGCCGGCAUGGGCGGCGGCUAUGGUGCCGGCAUGGGCGGCAGCAUUGGCAGCAGCGGCAUCAUCAGCAGCGGCGGCGGCAUUGGCAUCAUCAGCGGCGGCGGCGGCAUCAUCGGUGGAGGUGGAGGUGGCAAUAUGUCAUAUUCACAAAAAACCUCAAGCAGCAUCGUCCGCCGUGUGGUUUAACUGAACCAGCUGUUUUUCCUCUCUUCACUCUUCCUUCAUUGCAUUCUCCACCUCUUGUCCCUCUUCUCCACUCAUAAGAGCCAAAGUUAACCCCUCCACCUCUGAUCUUACAGCAGACUCAGGAACAUUUUGCAUUCAACCUUUAACAGCUGGCUGAUUAGUGUAAUGACAGCUUUUCUGGCAUUUACCUCCUGUGUUGCUCCUCCUCUUUGGUACCACAGAGAGAGAGAUAACAUCAAAAAAGCAGAGGCAGAGCGAUUAUUACACCAUAAAAAGAACAGCAGAGAUGUGAGUCGGUCCUCUCUUCUUUGGAUCAGUCAGCCUGGCUGUCUUUUAGUUGCUGGAUGUGCUAUCAAGCAGACAAGAGGAUACUUGUAGUGUCACGACAGAAAAUCUUUACAAAGCAACGGUGAUUGCACAAAAAAUGACAAUAGCAACUCCAAGAUUUGAGCAGGGAAAAGUAACAUCUGCAGUCAGCAUACACCUGUCCAACCUCUGACCCCUUCCUUUCUUCAAUGUCUCCUCUGUUGUCUCACAUCUGUCAACAUGUUGUGCAUUGUUACAUCAUCAAAAGCAGCCACACUCAUAUUCACGUCAGGAUCCUCUUUUUCUUCUCCUGUUCUGAGAGAAAAUGGGCUCUCCACUACAGCAUAUCAGCGGUGUCUUCAUCCUGCUUUACACCACUAAAUAAAAAGAAACCAUGGUUAAGGCUGACUGGAAAAAACAGAUUUAUCUUGAAUUUGUACCACCAAAUGCCUGGAAUAAAUCUGAUUUCACACUA